UUUCUUCUCUCUCUUUCUUUUUCACUUUCUGUGCAACUUCUUUUACUUUGUUGGCGACUACUUUGUUAGUCUGAUAAAUAAAAAGUGAGCAAAAGCUAAAGGGGCCACUCACCCAUCACACCCCAAAUUCUCACCAAAUAUUGAAUCGAAUUAUUCCUCUGAUUCCUUCCUCAUCUCUUCAUUUGCUUUUAUAAUUCAUCAUCCCAUUCUCUUUCGCUUCUUUUUUCUCUCUUUCGUUUCUCUCUGUUUUCGUCUCUGCUGCAAAAUCAUAAACCGGAAAUAUUAGAGCUCGUCCAAUGGGAGCCGUUGUUGACUGUUAUCCGCCGCACGCCGGCGAGGUUGCAGUUUUGUCUCUCAACUCGCUUCCCUUAGGUUUCCGAUUUCGACCUUCCGACGAAGAGCUUGUUGAUUAUUAUCUGAGACAGAAAAUCAACGGAAAUGGAGAAGAAGUCUGGGUUAUUCGAGAAAUCGAUGUUUGCAAAUGGGAGCCUUGGGACUUGCCAGAUUUGUCGGUGAUAAGAAACAAGGAUCCGGAGUGGUUCUUCUUCUGUCCACAGGACCGGAAGUAUCCAAAUGGUCACCGGUUGAACCGAGCAACCAAUCAUGGGUACUGGAAGGCCACAGGAAAAGAUCGUAAGAUCAAGUCAGGUUCCACCUUGAUUGGGAUGAAGAAGACUCUGGUGUUCUACACAGGUCGUGCUCCCAAAGGGAAGAGAACCAAUUGGGUCAUGCAUGAGUACCGCCCCACCCUCAAGGAGCUUGAUGGCACCAACCCUGGACAGAAUGCGUAUGUACUCUGCCGAUUAUUCAAGAAACAAGAUGAGAGUCUUGAGGUUUCAAACUGUGAUGAGGUGGAACAAACAGAUUCCGCUCCCAUGGCGGCCAAUUACUCCCCUGAAGAAAUACAGUCUGAUCAGGCUCUGGCUGAAGUAUCGCCGUCUCAAGUUACAGAUGAGAAGCACCAGGGUGUUAUCCCUGAGAUCUCUGAGGAAGCGGUUUCCAACGUUAUAACCUCUGCUGAUUGCCAUAGUGACGGAUAUGAUGCUUGUGAAAGGCGAAAUCAAGCUUUUGAACUACCUGCUGAGGACAUUCCGCCGUUGAAUUGGGACAUAUUCAAUGACCCCGAGGACAAGAUAUUUGAUGACAAAUUAUUCUCCCCAGUCCAUAGCCAUAUUCCACCAGAAUUUUACUACCAAGCAAACAAUGAGACAAAUAUUGCAGACAUCUUAAAUUCUGUCAAUUGGGAUGAGAUCUCCUAUGAGGAUCCCUAUAGUCAAGCACAGAACAACUUUUUUAAUAAUGUUAAGCAAAGUGUAUCAGGUAGCGAACCAGAUGCAGGGCUGACCAAUAUGACAUGCAUACACCCGACGAAUGUUGUUUAUCCCGAGGAGGCAAUUCACAGAAAGGUUGCUUUGGCAACAACUCCGCAAUUUUGCAGCACCUUCACGUCUGACUUCAGUGCUGAUGAGCAGAAGAGCAGUGUCGCGUUAAUUCAAAACAAUUCCCAGAUGGCUUCUUUUCCGGAUGCCAGAACAGGCCAAGUGUAUAACGUAUUCAAUGAUUAUGAGCAGCCGAGAAACCUUAAUACCUAUGUUAGUGGUGAUACUGGAAUCAAGAUAAGGACUCGACAAGUGCGAAAUGAACAACCAGCAAUGAUCUUUACAGAUCAAGGUAAUGCAGCAAGGAGAAUCCGAUUGUUAAAGCAGUGUGCAAAUGUCUCAAACAAGAUGGCAGAUGAUGGGAGUCCUAAACAAGAGCAUGAUUCAAAACCAAUAAUUGCAGGGAACAAAAACAAAACUUUCAAAAGUCACACUGCAGAUAAGCAUGAUACUGCUAAUGAUCUGAAUGAACGCCAGGAGAAAACUGAGUCAACUGAUAAAAGAAACAUGAUAUCUAAACUUGCAAAAGGAGGUUCUUCCAUGUUGGGGUUGAAGGGAUUAUUGCGCAGAAGGCUUAGUUACAUAUCAAAGGCCUCCUCCAAUUUCAAAAUGUGGUCAUGUGUUGUUGUGGCUUCUGCCUUUGUAUUGGUCUCGUUUCUGUUCUUUGCUAACAUAUGGGGAUAUAUUAACUUAUGAACUUCUAGGAGAUCAUUCCUUUAUGCGUGUAAUGUGCCUCCAUUUUUUUUUUCCUUUCUUUUUUUAGGGCCAGUUGUGGAGGCUUUUAGGAUUGACUCCUAGAUUUGUUGAUAACUCUAUUAUGAGAGAGUAUGCGUUUCAAUAUGUAGCUGUAUAAUAUACUUAGUUGCUUA